CCCAUCGGGCAAUUCCGCGACAGCCCUUCCAGCGAGACGUCCGCUCUGCAACUGGGCAAAAGGCUGUACAGCUACGCGACACGCCAUCGUUGACCAUUUCCAGAGGCCAUGCAAGCCCGACCUUGGCAAAACACUGUAGUCUGACAUCGACGCAAACCCUGGUUAACUCGUGGCUGGGCACCCGAUCGCGUAAUUGGAGCCAACGCGAUGUACUCUACCCCAGCGAAGCUGUGAUUCAGUACAUCGUCCUACAGACAAGUAGCUCAAGCUUUGAUACUUGCCUGCAUAGCCCAAGCGCGCAAGCCUGCGCGCAAGCAAGCAAUCAAGUGUACUCCCCUGACCGCUACUUUGCAGCGAUCAUGAAGGCAUUCUCUGGCCAUCCACUGGAGCCGCUUAGCGCGGAUGAAAUCAGACAGGCGGCAGCGGCGUGCAGGGCGUAUGCGGACCAGAAUGGCAUUGGCAGCUUGCGCUUCAACGUGAUUUCACUCCAGGAGCCGCCCAAGAAGCAGCUGGUCGGAUACCUCAAGGCCGCGGCGGCAGCCGCGGGGGAGGGGGCGGCGGCGGCGGCACCGCCUGUGCCGCUGCCGCGCCGCGCCUUCGUCAUACUGCAGCUGCCCGGGCUGUGCGGGGUGGUGGAAGCGGAGGUGGACUUGCAGGCCGGCGUGUCGGAGCCGAGUGCCGAGGCAGUGCUGUCAUGGACCACGGUGGCGGGCGUGUGCGCUCUGGCCUCGCCCGAUGACUGCCUGGAGGCGGAGGCGCUGUGCAAGGCCGACCCGCAGGUGCAGCAGCUGCUCAAGGACAGGUACGGCAUCACGGACAUGGACAGCCUGUGCUGCGACCCCUGGUCCAUCCACGCCUCCCCCGUGGACGAGCGGGCAAUCCAGUGCUUCCUGUAUGUCAAAACAUGCCCCGAGGACAAUGCGUACGCCCACCCGCUGGACAUGACACCCGUGGUGGGGCUGGACAGCGGCCGUGUGCUGCGCAUUGACCUGCCGUACAAGUGCGGGCCAGGUGGCGGUCCCAUUGAGUGGAACAAGGAGAACAGCAACUACCACACAGCGUUGCAGUCGUGUGUCCGCACCGACAUGAAGCCGCUUAACAUCACGCAGCCGCAGGGCCCCAGCUUCAGCGUACAGGGCAACCACAUCUCCUGGCACAACUGGAGCUUCAUCCUGGGCUUCAACUACAGGGAGGGCAUUGUGCUACACGACGUGCGGUACAAGUAUGGUGGCGUGACUCGGCCAGUGAUGCACCGGGUGUCCCUGGUGGAAAUGGCGGUGCCGUACGCAGACCCCAGGGAGCCGUACGUGCGCAAAUGCGCCUUUGAUGUGGGCGAUUAUGGACUGGGCUACUGCACCUUUCCGCUUACGCUGGGCUGCGACUGCCUGGGCCACAUCCACUACUUUGAUGCCACCCUGGCCAACAGCAAGGGCGAGCCGGUGACGAUCUCCAAGGCCAUCUGCAUGCACGAGGAGGACACGGGGCUGCUGUACAAGCACGUGGACUACCGCACGGGUCAUGCGGAGAGCCGGCGCGGGCGGCGGCUGGUGAUCAGCCACGUGUCCACAGUGGUCAACUACGAGUACGCCUUCUACUGGUACCUGUACAUGGACGGGGCCCUUGGACUGGACAUCAAGCUCACGGGCGAGCUGUCCACAAACAUGCUGUCUCCAGGCGAGAACCCUGCCGCGCCGGAUUACGGGACCCUGGUGGGCCCGGGCGUGAACGCACAGCACCACCAGCACAUGUUCUGCGCCCGCCUGGACCCGGCGGUGGGCGACGAGGACGGCGGACGCGGCGUGGUUGUGAAGGAGCUGGACGUUGAGACGCUGCCCUGGAACGGCCUCAGCAACCCCUACGGCAACGGCUUCCGCACGGUGGAGACGGCGCUGACCAGCGUGCACGGCGCACAGCGGUGCAUUGCGCCCGAGCGCGGCCGCGUCUGGAAGUUCGUCAACCCAGAGCUGCUGAACCCAGUCAGCAAGCAGCCGGUGGCGUACAAGCUGGUGCCCGCGGCGCACCCACCCCUGGCCGCGCUGCCCGGCAGCCUGAUCGGCCGCAAGGGCCACUUCGCCACCAAGCAGCUGUGGGUCACGCCGCACCACGACAAGCAGAACUGGCCGGCGGGAGACUAUGUGUUCGGCGCCAAGGACUGCACUGGCCUCGCUGUGUGGACCAAGGAGGACGCGCCUCUGCUGGGCUCUGACCCGGUGGUGUGGUACUCGUUCGGCGUGACGCACGUGGUGCGGCCCGAGGACUUCCCCAUUAUGCCCGUGGAGGUGUGCGGCUUCACCCUCAAGCCCGCCGGCUUCUUCCCGCGCAACCCCUGCCUGGACCUGCCGUACGACAAGAACGCGGCGUCGGUUGACAAUCACACCAACGGUCACGCCAACGGCAACGGCAACGGCAACGGUCACGCCAACGGCAACGGCAGCGGCUCCUGCUGCAGUGGCGGCGCAUAGGCCGGCAGGUGCCCCUGAGGGCGUUGUCCAGAAGCAAGCAUACUGCAAAGCAGGUGGUGCCUUGUGGUGGGCAGGAGAACUAAGGAGUGCUGGGGUGCAGGAGGGCUAGGGGGCGCUGUAAUCGGCAGAGGCUUAGGGGCCGACCAGCAGCAGCAGUAUGAGGACCUGUGAUGCACGCAGUGAGCUGGGAAGCAAGGGAGAGGGGGCUGUGCAUGGCUAUCGCUGCUGGAGCUGGCCAGCUGGCACCACGCCCCCCGUAAAUAGCAUUGCGCUGCUGGCGGAGGGAUCAAUCGUGAUUGUUGUUCAGUAUUUUUUUCGCGCGUGCGCCUUGAUGCGACGGUGAUUCCGUGUACAGUACGAGUAAAGUAAAUGAGAGGAAGCGAUUGACCAGGGUACGGGGCAGGCGGAGCGUGUGGUACCACAGGCGUGAGGCCGUGAGCGCGGGCUGUCCAUGAUGCUUACUUGGCUCCUUGUCGUCUUGUUGCCACGGCGCAAGGUGGGCAUUGCUUGGCCAGCCGAAUUUGGCUGGGUUAUGCACGUGUGCGUGUCUUAAUAAGGACAAGCCCACCCAACAACGACGCCAGAGUGUGUGUGUUAAAGAGCACAAGGAAAACAUAGUGCAAAGAGUGUGUGUGUGUGUGUGUGUGUGUGUGUGUGUGUGUGUGUGUGUGUGUGUGUGUGUGUGUGUGUGUGUGUGUGUGUGUGUGUGUGUGUGUGUGUGUGUGUGUGUGUGUGUGUGUGUGUGUGUGUGUGUGUGUGUGUGUGUGUGUGUGUGUGUGUGUGUGUGUGUGUGUGUGUCCAUGAGAGUGCAAGUGGUGUACUUGCGCCACGACAGUCGCCUCUGCUGGUGACGAAGAUAUGAACCAAAGAUAUGCGUAGUGGAGAAGGCAGCAGCGUGGGCUUGGUUCCUGCGCAGAGCAGGGCAAGAGCGGAUCCUGCUUGGGCAUUGUGGCGGUGCCUGAUGGUGCGGUCGUGUCAUGCAGUGGCACUAUGGAGUGUGGGAAUGGUAGAAGGAAUGAAUGCGUGCACUCACAGUCUUGUUAGUCUGCUGAAGGAAUUGACAAGCUGGGGCGCCCAGCUGGUGGUGCGUGCCCAAGUAAGGCCGUCGGUCGGCGGCCGUCCUAACAUACAGCUGUAUGCCUAAUGGGACUCGGGGAAUCCUGCAUGACCCCCCCCC